CUCUAAAAUCUUCCCCUCUCUUUAAAAUCACUUCCUUCGAAGCUUUCUCCGUUCGAACUUCCCUUCUUUUCGCAAUCAAUCGAAGAAUUUGAUUUCUUGAGGUAAUUUUUUGAUUGUUGAAUUCUAAGAUGUCUAAUUCUAGAAACCGUGAAUUCGUUGACGAUCGCGUGGAUCAAAACGACGACGAAAUUAUCGAUUCAUUGGACGCGUCGUCUUCAAUGAACAACAUUGUUGAGACCUCUGGAACGGCAUCGACACAGAACGGCGAGGAAAGGAUCGGAAUCGGACUCGCGGAACGCUUAACCGACAUAUUCGUUGGGGAAAACGAUGGAGAUUUGCUGAUUCAACAAAGCGAUCGAGAGGAUAGGGUUCUGCAAUGGUUACAAGCUUUGGAUGUGCAAGUAAUGGGCGCCUGUCGGACCGAUGAAAGGUUAAAGCCCUUGUUGAAAGUCAGUGUCUCAAACGGCGUUGCCGAGGAUCGAUUGUUAGCUCAUUUGAGUCAGCACUUUGAGCCAUCGGAAGUUGGUAUGCUGGCGAGGUGUUUUUGCAUACCUUUGGUUUCAAUUCGAGUGGGGAAGAUCAACAAAGAAGGGAUUCAUUUUCAGCCUACUGCUUUAAGGGGAAUCUUGAGUCUUGCACUCUUGCCAACAUCAGACUUGCGCCUUUCGUUUGUUGGGGAUGAUGGUCAAACAGAGAGAUUGUUUACCUUAAGUGACAAACAUCAGUGUGCCGCUGUUUCCAUCAAUGAGAUUCCAGCAGACAGUUCUGGACGAUCUUUCCUUGUGAAAGUGCCAGAUGGCAAAGGUUUUUACUAUUGGUGCUCGGAGAAGUCAAAGCUCUUGGGGUAUGAAUUGCUUUCAAAGAUGAAGGAUCUAAUCAAGAGAAAACCAUCUAUAGCUGAAUUAACUGGAAUCAACGAGUUACGACUUGACUGUUUUGUAACUCCGCUCCGUGCUUAUCUCCUAGGAACAACAGUUAAGAUACAAGCACAUUCUGGUUUACCUUCACCCAGUACCACGCGUGAUGCCAUUGAUGAGCACUAUGGGCAAUCUUCAUCCACUGCAUCACAAUCCUUGCGAUCCAGUUACUCUAGCAGUCGAGCAGUCAAGGUGAACUCACUUUAUCAAGGCAGCUUAAGUCCAAGAUCGAGUUCUUUCAAAGAGGGAUUGGCCCGAAACUUAUCUUUCUCAAGGAGCACUGCCAGGGAUAAGUUACAAAGGCGUGGAGACAACUUUCAUCCGGUUGCUGAGAACCUUACAACUACUUCACCUAUUAAAAACAGUUCUUUGGAUUGCAAUCAAGCUGAAAUCGACAAGCUUCCAGAUGUCAAGAGUUGUUCAUUCACUCCAAGUUUCCUUGAAUCACUUGGAAAAUUUACAGUUCCUUCAGCUCCGAGCAGUGUUUCCCAAUUUCCCACCUUAGGAUCUCCUAUAUUUUCUCCUUACUAUUGUUGGUGCCCCCCUGGAUCACCAACUGUGCAACACUCAGCUGCCUCUCAUCUCCCUGCCUCAUCUGUCGGAUCUUUUAAGCUUCCGCCACUUUCGUCAAUAUUGCCAACAAAUGGUGUCUCCAGCUCGUUGAAACCAAAUCUUCCUCUUGGUCUUGCCAAUAUUCCCUCACUUGAUUUUCCAGCUUUCCUCCCAGAACCGUUAGUCCGACUGCCCUUGGCAAGUUCACAGCAAAUUCCAACCUUCACACCUUUGAUUUGUGAUCCCAUAGUUCAUAUUCCGGUCAUUGACGUUUGCUCUUCAGGACAAGGCUACUUGGUUAGUGCUGGUCCUACCAUAUCAACUACAAUCCCACCAUUGCAUCCGAGCCUUGUGAACCCAUUAUUAACUGAUACUACCAAUUCGGUGGUGGAGAAAGGUGCAAGAGAAACUCUCCGUCUACUCAUCAGCAGCUCAGCUCAGAGCAACCCUCCAUUGAUAGAUGUGCUACCAACAGUUCUGACUACUACCGACGAGAAAAAAGGUAUCCUUAUUACCGGAAGUAGGGGCCUUUAUAGUGGGACUAGCGACGUUAGUGGCAUUGCAACCAUGAGUUUUGAUACACUCUCUCCCUCCUCCAUGGCAGAUAGGUUUAUAAGACAAUGUAGCAGCAGCCAUGAUAAUGCCGAUACGGAGAAGCCGAUGGGAUCUCUUGGUUCAGAAGGGUCUUGUUCAAUCGGUGGUGGCAGUGCUACUAAGCUUUCGGACUCAAAAGGAGUCAAGUGAUCUAAAUAAAACAAAUAGGCAAUGCUUUCGCUUACCGUAUU